AUGGGGAAGCAAGUUGAUAACACGUUCACUUGUGUGAUUAAAAAUUUCUCCUUAAUGCAAGCUCAUAUAGCUAGUUUCGUUGUUGGUGGUUGCAAAUGGCGUCUUAUUGCCUAUCCCGAAGUUAAUCAUGUUGGUGAUUGCUUGUCUUUGUCUGUGUGCCUGGACGUUCCUGAUUGUGACUCUUUGCCUUCUGGUUGGAAAAGGCAUGCAAAAAUUUCCCUAACUCUAGUAAAUCAAUAUUCAGAAGAGCGCUCCCUACAGCAAGAAAAACAACAGUGUUUUAAUCAGAAAACUCCCCGAUGGGGUUUUUUACCAAUGGUAAUCCUUAAAGUACCAUCUGAAGAAUAUGGGUUCCUUGUGAACGAUGAAAUCGUGAUUGUUGUUGCGGUAGAUGUUCUUGAAGUUAUUGGCUCAUUAGAUGAAUCAGAGAAGUCUCAAAGCAUAGAUGUCAAAGGGUUUCAAGUUCUUCCUUCACAGGUGAAAUAUGUGAACUGUUUGUUUGAGAGACACCCAGAUAUUGCUUCAAAGUUCAGUAUAAAGAACCAAACUUUGAAGACAGCCUACAUGAAUGUCCUACUCAGCUUGACUGAGACUCUGAACCAGUCACCUAAGGAAAUCUCCAAGGAUGAUCUGUCUGAUGCAAAAACUACUCUAGCAUACAUGAAAAAUGUAGGAUUUAAGGUGGAUUGGUUGGAGAAUAAACUUGACGAGUUGUUUAAAAAGGAGAAAGAAGCUGGUGUGAUUCGUAUGCUAAAAAUUGAGGAAGAGUUUAAGGAUUUGAAGCAGAAGUGUUCAAGCCUUGAAGUUCUUCUGAAGAAGGAGAAGGCAGAUGUUUUGGCCGCCAGAGCUCCUUUCUCUUUGUUUGAUAAAGAUGAUGACCUAAUUAAGUGGCUUUCCCUAUUGAUGAUUUGCAUCAUGGUUAUAGCGUUCAUAUAG